AUGACCGCGCUGUUUAGGCGAAGCUGCGGGGUACUGAGAAGUCUUUCUCGUUUUGACUGGAGGUCACAACAUACAAAAACUGCCUUACAACGUGAACCAGGAUCAGGAUUUAGUUUUGAAUUCACUGAACAACAGAAAGAAUUUCAAGCUACUGCUCGUAAAUUUGCCAGGGAGGAAAUAAUUCCAGUUGCUGCAGAAUAUGAUAAAACUGGCGAGUACCCUGUCCCAUUAAUUAAAAGAGCCUGGGAGCUUGGUUUAAUGAAUACACACAUUCCAGAAAGUUGUGGAGGUCUUGGACUUGGAACUUUUGAUAGCUGUUUAAUUACUGAAGAGUUGGCUUAUGGAUGUACAGGGGUUCAGACUGCUAUUGAAGCAAAUUCUCUAGGGGAAAUGCCUGUUAUUAUUGCUGGAAAUGAUCAACAACAAAAGAAAUAUUUGGGGAGAAUGACUGAGGAGCCAUUAAUGUGUGCCUAUUGUGUAACAGAACCUGUAGCAGGCUCUGAUGUAGCUGGUAUAAAAACCAAAGCAGAAAAGAAAGGAGAUGAGUAUAUUAUUAAUGGUCAGAAGAUGUGGAUAACCAAUGGAGGAAAAGCUAAUUGGUAUUAUUUAUUGGCUCGUUCUGAUCCGGAUCCUAAGGCUCCUGCUAGUAAAGCCUUUACUGGCUUUAUUGUGGAAGCAGACACCCCAGGAAUACAGAUUGGAAGAAAGGAAUUAAAUAUGGGCCAGCGAUGUUCAGAUACAAGAGGAAUUGUCUUUGAAGAUGUGAGAGUGCCUAAGGAAAAUGUUUUAAUUGGUGAGGGAGCUGGUUUCAAAAUUACAAUGGGAGCAUUUGAUAAAACCAGACCACCAGUAGCAGCUGCUGCUGUGGGAUUAGCAAAGAGAGCUUUGGAUGAAGCUACCAAGUAUGCCCUGGAGAGAAAAACUUUUGGAAAGCUGCUUAUAGAGCACCAAGGAAUAUCAUUUUUGCUGGCUGAAAUGGCAAUGAAAGUUGAACUAGCUAGACUGAGUUACCAGAGAGCAGCUUGGGAAGUUGAUUCUGGUCACCGAAAUACCUAUUAUGCCUCUAUUGCAAAGGCAUAUGCUGGAGAUAUCGCAACUCAGCUAGCUUCUGAUGCUGUUCAGAUUUUUGGAGGCUAUGGAUUUAAUACCGAAUAUCCUGUAGAAAAAUUAAUGAGGGAUGCCAAGAUCUUUCAGAUUUAUGAAGGUACAGCACAAAUUCAAAGGCUUAUUAUAGCCCGUGAACACAUUGGCAAGUAUAAAAAUUAA